AUGGAUCCAAAUGCAAUAAAUGAAAAAUUUGAUUUUUUUAUGUUAAAUUUUGCAAGAGAGUGUGGAGAUAUUAAUAAUUUAUUGAAUCAUUUUUUUUAUUUUUUAUUAAGAAAAACAGAUUUUAUUUUAAAAUCAAAGAACUUGGAGCAAUGUGAAGAAAUUGUAUUAAAAAAUUUGAGAAAACAAUAUGCGAAAAAGGAGAAAUAUAUGGCUGAACUGAAAAAAGAACAGAUUAAAGAAAGUGAAUGUAAAGAAAAUACUGUAAAUUCAAAUCUUAAAAAAAAUAAAGAAACAGAAAAAAACGAUAAUAAAGUGAAAGACGAAAAAAAAAAUACGAAAAUAAAUGAAAAUAAACAAAAAAAUGAUGAUAAUAAAAAGGAAAAGAAAAAAAGCAAUUCAGCUGAUUCUGAUGAUUCUCUUCCACCAAAAGACAAUGGUGGAAUAACUGACAAAUACAGGUGGAUUCAAACUACAAGUAGCUUAGAAAUGUUUAUAGACGCAAAAGAAAAAAUAAAAACAAAAGAUAUUAAAGUAGACAUAACAUAUAAAAAAUUGUUUGUAAAAAUAAAAGAUAAAGUAAUUAUUGAUGGUGAAUUUUAUAAAAAAAUAAAACCUGAAGGUUCUAUUUGGACACUUGAAGAUAAUCAAAUCAUACAUAUACUUAUUGAAAAAUUACACACAAUGGAAUGGUGGGCUACAGCUAUUAAAGGAGAUGCAGAAAUUGACGUAAAAAAAAUUGUACCAGAAAAUUCUCGAAUGGAUGAUUUAGAUCCUGAAACAAGAGCUGUUGUAGAGAAAAUGUUAUAUGACCAGAGACAAAAAUCUUUAAAUUUACCAACAUCUGAUGAACAAAAAAAAUAUGAAAUUUUUGAAAAAUUUAAAAAAAUGCAUCCAGAACUUGAUUUUUCAAAUGCUAACAUAAAUUUUGGUAAUUCGUCAAAUAACAUUUUUUCUGGAAAGUAA